AUGAAGUUCACAAUCACCACCCUAGCCCUCCCCCUCCUAGCCGCCGCGGCACCAAUCACCGAACCAGCAGCCAACCCAGCCUUCAGCGUGAUGGCCACCCGCUCCGGCUCGCCCAUCCACUAUCUCCAACUAAACGCCGCGGGUCAGAAGUUCUACCUCGGCGGAAAGACCGCCUCCUACUGCCCAACCCAAGUGCCCCAAUGCCCACCAGGAAACCAAACCGUCUUCGCUCCCGGCGGCAGCUCUCUGGAUACUAUGGUCCCCGGCGGCCAACAGGUCUACAUCGACCCCAAUGGAGCCCUCAGCUUCACCCAGGCUCACUCUGCCAAUAUCCCGCAGGGCUCCUCGCUCGGCCCGUUCAACUACGCUGCUGAUAAACCCUGGGCUCACUACUCCUUUGGUGGUUGGGGUGCUAGUGGUUUCAUGGCUUGUCCCGCUGAUGAUAACCGCUGGCAGGUGUUUGCUGCCAUUAAAAAUGCUACCGUGCCCCAUGGUAAUGUUGAUGAGUGUCUUGGGUUCUCGGCUGUUGCUUUGACUUAUACCGGGGAUGUUCCUGCUUGGCAGUAUAUCUAG